AUGAAAUUGUUCCUGUUAUUUAUAUCGAAAUUGAUAAUCUGUUCAUCGAAUGAAACAAAAGCAAAGUUAACCUUGGACGAUUAUUUCGAUUUUACAAAUUAUCCUUCGAUAAACUUUUCUCCCAACGAUCAACAUCUGCUGAUUCAAUUGAGACGCCCAUUAUGGAAUUCACAUUCUUAUGAAAAUAGUUUAUGGGUCUAUAACAUCGAAACAAAGACCAAGCAGUUAAUCACAAGUGCACUCUCCACAUCGAUAAAACCUCAAUGGUCACCGAGUGGAAGCUGGAUUGCUUGUUCACUAAACAAAAGUCCCUUACCCGACGAGCAAUCAAAUCCGAAUGAAUUUCUUUACUUGUAUUCAGUUGUGUCAAACGAAUGGUUCCCUAUUCACAUCGGCAAAAUGUUUUUAUUAACUUUCACGUGGUCAAAUGAUGAUUCCUCUCUUUACAUUGUUACACUUACAAAAGAAGAACAAAUUUUGCAGGAGACCGAAUGGAAAGAUGUAAUUCAAUAUCGACCAUCGAAAUCGAAUGAUGGCAGUGCAAUUUAUCGUAUUGAUAUCGUAAAGAAUAAUCGGACAAUAUCGACGAGCAGAUCUCUUAUAAAAAAUCUUCCGUUUUUAAUAACUGAAUUAUUAUUUAUUCCAUUCGAAGAACAACUUGUGUUCGUUUCGUCGUCAUCACUUAUUGAAAAAAUGGACAAGAUCGAGAUGUAUUCUCUUGACCUGCAAAAUGGAUCGAGUCUAUUAAGAUUAACAACCAAUGAUCUGUGGGAAAACGAUUUACGGUUAUCAGACGACAAUAAGCAUGUACUGUUCUUAGCUUUCAAUAAAGAGUUAACUGACGGAAGAUUGAAUAGUGUUCAACAGCGAUUGUAUUCAUUAGAUUUGACUAAUGGACAUAUCGAACGUUUUGGAAAAGAUUUUCAUGGAAAUAUCGUAGGAUAUAUGACCAAAGUUGACGGCGGGGUUUAUAUUUUAGGGCAACUUGGAACAGAAACUCAGAUUUACACACAACAAUCGCCAACGGACAGGAUGGUUUGGCACCAAGGAUGGAAUGGAACUUACGAACGAAUUUCUUCACCAUCGAAACGGAAUGGUUCGAUUGCAUUUAUCUAUUCAUCAUUCGAACGACCAAAAGAAGUUUAUCUCACUGAUAAUAUCGAUGAAUUGCAAUCAGCAAAAGCAAUAACAAAUGAAAAUAGACUGUUUACGGAGCGAGAGUUACCGAAAGCGCAAAUUUAUCAAUGGAAAAAUCGCGAAGAUCAACGAACAAUCGAAGGCAUUCUUCAUUAUCCACCGGGACAAUUUCAAUCGAAAAGUCUGCCACUGCUCGUUCUUGUUCAUGGCGGCCCGGGACCUGCUAGUACUAAUUCAUUUACUGCCGACUGGUACACUUGGGCACCAUUGGCAGCAUCGGAAGGUUGGCUAGUUUUCGAACCUAACUAUCGAGGUACAUUCGGUUAUGGUGAUGAAUUCCAUAAUGAAAUCUUUGGUCGACCUCUAUCUCUACCUGGGAAAGACAUUCUUUUCGGAGUUGAUCAACUCGUCGACGAUGAUAUUGCCGAUCAAAAUAGACUUGCCGUUGGUGGUUAUAGCUACGGAGGAUUUCUAACAAAUUGGUUGAUUACACAAACAACACGUUUCAAGGCUGCACUGUCCGGUGCUGGUCAAAUGGAACAUGUCUCCUCUUGGGGCACAGUUUAUAUGCCGACAUUCAUUGCUUCUCUUCUCGGAGGCUUUCCAUGGGAAGUAGCAGAAAAGUACAGGCAGGAAUCACCUAUGUAUCACUUAUCUCGAGUUCGAACACCUACACAUAUCGUCACAGGUGACAAAGAUGAACAAGCGAAACCCAGUCAGAGUGUUAUGCUAGAACGUGCACUCUAUUAUCUCGAAAUACCUGUUCAAUUAUUGAUUUUUCCAAAUGAAGGCCACGGAUUGAGCAAAAAUCCUUGGUCAGGAAAAAUCAAAGUUCGUGAAGAAUUGAAAUGGUUACACAAAUAUGUCAAUCAGAGUCUAUAG